AUGGAGGUGGAGGAGGAGGGAAGACGCUCUCCAAACUAUCGUGGGGAAGCGUGUGUUCCCGAGAGCUUCUUUGAUCGCGUAACGCAUGGGUCCGCGACGAUCACGAACAUGAGCGGAACAGGCGUCUCCAACUGGCGGACACUGUCUCGAAGCAUCGAGCUGAGUUUGCCUUUGCUCAGCUUGAAAACGAGAGAGCUCUGA